AUGACCCGUGUCCAGACGGCACAAACCCAGCGCGAUGCCGGCCUAGAACGACACCCAACGGCCCUUAGUCGAAUUGCAACCCAGCACAGCCAACAUAAUGCAACAGUAGGCGCUGGGCUCAACCCCGAGUUAACCUUAAUGAUCCAUUUCACAGAGCCAAUCGUGCUAUGUCUCAGCAUCUACAUGGCAUUUCUCUAUGGCCUGCUAUACCUCUUCCUAACGGCGUACCCCAUCGUAUUCCAAAGAAUCCACGGCUUUGAAAAGGGUGUCAGUGGUCUUCCAUACCUGGGUCUUAUCAUUGGAGAGUUCAUUGGCGGGUUUUGCAUUCUCUGA